AUGGCAGCGAAACGAAGUCCCAUCGGCAGACGCCGCUCCAACAGCCCCAGAUCAAUACGCCAGCAACAAACUCGUCGAAGAAACAGUCUUCUCCGGAAGUCCUUCGAAUAUUGUCGGGAGUGUGAUGCCGAUGUCUUCAUGAUGAUACGGCUCAGACACAACGGCCAAAUAGUGUUUUUCAAUUCUGACAGCCAAUGGCCUCUAUCACGGGAGCAACUGGCCUCGCAUUACCCGAAACCUCAAGAGAUAACAUGGAACGAAUUGGCUGCCAAAUAUAGCAGCCCCAAGAUAUGUGAUAAAAGCCAUAAGGAAAAGUGA